GCUUCUGAUAUUGAGGCAGCGCAACACCUAGCUCCGGAGCAGACACCCACAGAUAAGUUAUUUGUUCCUGGUCAUUUCCGUCUCUGGCUGCUGGCCCAGCGACCAUGAGUAAGAGCCAAGAUGCCUGCAGACCAGUGUCCUUCAGCUUCACCAUAGACAGCAUACUCAAGCUCAACUCCAGGAGAGCAGACACCAAGCCUCACAGAGCCUUCAUCCAGAGGACCUCCAGUCCAGAGCUCCUACAGCCCAGAGAAGAGGAGGAGGAUGAGGAGGAUGACAAGGGAAUAUCCCUCUACCAAGCACAAGGUAGUAGAAGUUGUGUUCUGACCACCACCACCACCACCCACAGCCUUACCUACUGCACGGAGCAGCCUGCCACGUUUAGAGACUUACCUUGCAGAACAGAUAGCCCUGACAGCCUGGAAGAUGAAUCCUCUCCAUCGACUGAUCAGAUCAACAAAAAGACCAAGCUUUUGGCCAAGAAGAAGACUCGUACUAUCUUCUCCAAAAGCCAGAUCUUCCAGCUAGAGUCCACCUUUGACAUGAAGCGUUACCUGAGCAGUGCUGAGAGGGCAUGUUUGGCCAACUCUCUGCAAUUGACUGAGACACAAGUAAAGAUCUGGUUCCAGAACAGAAGAAAUAAACUGAAAAGACAAAUGUCAGCAGAACUGGAGGCGCCAGGACCAGGAGAACCCAAUGGGAACAUACCAGCCAUCUACAAAGACACUUCAUUCCUGAGUAGAUGUGUCCUACCAAUGUCCUUCCCUGUCAUCUACCCUGGGAGCAGCAUUCCUUACCUGUGCUUCCCAAAUCCAGGCAAAUACUACAGCCUGGCAGAUGGAGAUGUAUAGAGACUAUCUGAUAUUUUGUCUGCUGGACACUAGUAGCCAUCUUUUGAGUCUACCCCUCAGAAGGUGACAGGGAUUUUUUUUAUAUAUACAGUAUGUUACUGCUAUCAAUAUAACAGCAUGUACACUUAUUUUUGUAUAUUUUUUUACAACUUGAACCCACCUUCCACAAACAAGCUAAUUUAAAUACGUCCUAUGCAAAUCUAUUUAAAAGGGAGGAUGGUCCCUUCUCUGUGCACUUUCAUAUGAAUUUCCUCUUGCAUCUUCCAUACACUUGAUACCUGGUUGCUAAUAACAUCUAGGUCUCCUCAUUAAGGUGCGGGCUCCUACUACAGUCAUUACUUCAGGUCUGGGGAGGUGUUUGUGCUGAAGAAGAGUUAAUUUAUUUUCUGUACAUGACAUGGUCAUUAUCACUAUAUACUUCUACCAAAGACCACUGUCCACAUGUAUGGAGACCAGGUUCUCAGAUCAUCUACUAUUGUCUUAAUUCUAAACAGCUAAAUGCAAUUUUUAUAUGACUGUAAAUAUGAAAUGUUCUUUUUU